AUGGCUGACUUCCUCAGGCAAAACGCCGGUCGCUUCUUUGCCAACAACAAGAAGGGCGAGAAUGCCGAGCUGUUGGCGGACUUGAACAGCGAGUACCGAGACCGACGCAAGGAUGCCGUCAAGCGCGUCAUCGCCAACAUGACUGUCGGCAAGGAUGUCAGUUCACUCUUCCCCCAGGUCGUCAAGAACAUGCAGACUGAGGACUUGGAGAUGAAAAAACUGGUGUACUUGUACUUAAUGAACUAUGCAAAGUCGAACCCGGACUUGGUUAUUCUCGCCGUCAACACCUUCGUCAAGGAUACGGACCACGUCAACCCUUUGAUUCGCGCCUUGGCUAUCCGCACCAUGGGGUGCAUUCGUGUGGACAAGAUUCUGGAUCACAUCUGCGAACCUCUGAGAAAGUGCCUGCAGGACGACAACCCUUAUGUUCGCAAGACCGCCGCCAUUGGUGUUGCUAAGUUGUGGGACUUGGAUCAGGAGAGAGCAUUGGAGAACGGAUUCGUCACCGUCCUUCAGGAUCUUGUCUCGGACUCGAACCCCAUGGUUGUCGCUAAUGCUGUAACUGCACUGGCAGAGAUGCAAGAGUCCUCGGUGUCAAAGGAUGUCUUUGUGGUCAACGUGGCUAUUAUGAACAAGAUGUUGGCUGCCCUCAAUGAAUGCACGGAAUGGGGUCAGAUUGCGAUUUUGACCUCCCUGGCGGACUACAGACCCCUGGACUCCAAGGAGGCUGAGAAUGUUUGCGAGCGUGUUAUCCCCCGUCUUCAGCAUGCCAAUGGAUCUGUGGUUCUCUCUGCUAUCCGAGUCCUCAUGAUCUUUAUGCGCUACAUCAAGAGCGAGGACUUUAUCAAGGGCAUGAUCAAGAAGAUGUCACCUCCCCUCGUCUCCCUUCUUGCAUCGGCACCCGAAGUUCAGUACGUGUCGCUCCGCAACAUCAACCUGAUCCUUCAGAAGCGCCCCGAUAUUCUUCAGAACGACGUCCGUGUGUUCUUCUGCAAAUACAACGACCCACCAUAUGUCAAGCGUGAGAAGCUGGAGAUUAUAAUCAAGCUGUGCAACGACAAGAACAUCGAGCAGAUCCUCUCAGAACUCAAAGAAUACGCUUCGGAAGUCGAUGUUGAAUUCGUGCGUAAGGCUGUUCGUGCUAUUGGACGAUGUGCCAUUAUGAUUGACGAAGCCUCGGAGAGGUGUGUCAAUGUUCUCUUGGAUCUCAUCAACACCAAGGUGAACUAUGUCGUUCAGGAAGCUAUUAUCGUCAUCAAGGAUAUUUUCCGCAAGUACCCUAAGCGGUACGAGGCUAUUAUUCCUACUCUUUGUCAGAACUUGGAUUCUCUGGACGAGCCAGAGGCAAAGGGCUCAUUGAUCUGGAUUAUUGGAGAGUACGCUGAGCGCAUUGAGAACGCGGACGAGUUGAUUGAGAACUUUUUGGAGACCUUCCUGGAAGAAAACUCUCAGGUUCAGCUGCAGCUUCUCACAGCAACUGUGAAGCUGUUCUUGAAGAAGCCCGCCCAGUCACAGGAAAUUGUGCACCGUGUCUUGCAGACAGCCACCAACGAGAUUGAUAACCCCGAUACCCGCGACCGCGCCUACGUCUACUGGCGUUUGCUGUCAACCGACCCUCAGGCUGCCAAGGCUGUGGUCCUUUCUGACAAGCCCCCAAUCUCGGUGGAGACAAGGACAAUCUCACCUGCACUUAUGGACGAACUCAUCAACAACAUCUCGACCCUUGCGUCCGUUUACCACAAGCCUCCCAAGGCAUUCAUGGGCAACAGAGCCUUCAGCGCCGAUGCUGUCAAGACGGCCGCCGCCGCCGAUGCACGGGACGAGGAACAGAUUAUUGGAGACGCAGUGCUGGAUGCUUCAGGAGCACCAGCUCCCAAGAACGUCAUGACAGACUUGCUCGACUUGGACUUUGGAUCAUCAGAGCCAGCAUACACCUCCCCACCCGUCUCUUCCAGCAAACCUGCCAGCAACAACGGACCUAAUUAUAGCGCAGACUUGUUUGACAUGUCGUCAGAUAUGUCUGGGUCAAGCAGCAGUGUCUUUGGAGGCAUGGGAGGUAUGGGUGGCAUGGGAGGCAUGCAGCAGCAACAGACACAGCACCAACAACAGGCACCACCACCAGCAAGGAACGAUCCCUUUGGAGAUCUGGGGGGCUUGGGUGGGUUCGGCCAACCUCCACAGCAGCAGCAGCAACAGCCCACUAAGCCAACCCAGUCGUCUGCAGAGAAUGACCUUUUGGGUCUCUUUUAG